UACAUUUGAGUUUUAACUUUGAACAAGCAUAGAUAGGAGUUUAAUAAAAUUGUUAGUAAAUUAUAAAAAUUAUGUUGACAGUAACGAAAUAUUUGUUAGCAUUGGUCAUAGUGUUGUGCAUAAGUGAUAGCAAGGCAGAAGAUUUGCAAGUAGGCAACGCUACUGGUAGUGUCUUGGCUUACCUGGAGAAUGUCAAGUUGUCCGGGAUCCCAUUUACCACCAGAACGAAGAAUGUAUUCUUCAGCAGUGAAAAGAAUCAGAUAAUCAAGGCAAUAACGGCGCGGGACCUGGACAAGUCUGAAGGCAAGGCCACAGUGACGGCGGGAGGCGUGGGGUCAACGUUCGUCAACAUCAAGAUCAAGAGUGAUAGAGGAGACGGAAUUAACUACCAAGUGCAAAUAUUUGUUUGAACGGCUUUAUCGACAAUAAUAAUAAAAAAUAUUAUAAAUUAAAAUAAAUUCUUAUUAAAAAUGUUUAUAAAUAAAUAAAAGAAUCGCUGCUCUGCAAUGAGACGAAAUUAAUCUUCUUCUGAUUUACGCUAAAUAUUUUAAUUAAUCCGAAAAAUCUUUUGUAUACAAAAUUGCAAUGAACGCAUUUAUUCAGUGGUUAAAUCAAUAAAAUCAUAAUUCAGAGCGUGAAUUACGAUAGCGUGUG